AUGGGUGAAUUGAAUAGUGUUCAUAAUCGGUAUUUCAAGAUGAUGCUAGAUUUAUCGAAUCAAGCACAAUCUAUUUUAACAUCUUUUGAUAAGCAAUCCGAGAAAACUAAAGGUGAGUAUCGGGUUCGCCUGAAUGCCUCAAUUGAUGUUGCAAGGUAUCUUUUGAAAGAAGGAAUGUCUAUUCGGGGUCACGAUGAAUGUGAAACUUCUACAAGAAGAGGCAACUUCUUGGAUCUCUUAAAAUGGUAUGCAAAUAAGAAGGAUGAUGUAAAGAAAGUUGUAUUAGAAAAUGCUCCAAAAAAUGACAUUAUAAUUUGUCCAAAUAUAGAAAAAGACAUUGUGAGUUCUUGUGCGAAAGAAACACUGAAAGCAAUUGUUGAAGACUUGAACGGAGAUUACUUUGGGAUAUUGGUUGAUGAGUCUAAGGAUGUCUCUCAUAAGAAACAAAUGACGCUUAUUUUGCAUUAUGUCAACAAAGAGGGUAAAGUUAUUGAGCGAUUCCUUAGCAUUGUUCAUGUUAAAGAUACAUCUGCAAAGUCAUUAAAAGAAGCAAUUUAUUCUUUUCUUUUGGAACAUUCAUUGAGUAAAUCUCAAAUACGGAAACAAGGUUAUGAUGGAGCUAGUAACAUGCGGAGAGGAAUUAAUGGUCUUAAAACUUUGAUUAUGAAUGAUACUCCUUCAGCAUAUUGCAUACAUUAUUUUGCUCAUCAAUUGCAAUUGACUCUUAUACGUAAGGAGAUGCUUCGAGAUGAUCAAGCAGAAAAAUUAGAGGAACUACUAGUGCUUGGUGAAGUUCAUACAGGAAGCGGUUUAAAUCAAGAAUUUGGACUUCAAAGGGCAGAUCAAGAUAUUGUAAGUGCAAUGAAGCUUGUUGGUUUCGCAAAGAGACAAUUGCAAGAUAUGAGAGAUUCUAGAUGGAAUUCUUUGAUAAAAGACGUCUGUUUAUUUUAUGUCAAGCAUGAUAUUGUGAUCACCGAAAUGGAUAUGAAUUAUGUUCGUGAAAAAUCAAAGCAUAAGAAAUCAAGUGUUACAUAUUUUUAUCAUUUGCGUGUAGAGGUUUUCUAUGCUAUUAUUGAUUUGCAACUUUCGGAGCUUAACAAUCAUUUCAAUGAAGUAAAUACUAAUCUACUUCUUGGUAUGGCUAGUUUGAGUCCAGAUAAUUCUUUUGCAAAUUAUGAUAAAGACAAGAUUAUAAAACUUGCUACACACUAUCCGAAUGAGUUCACUGAUUCUAUACUUUAG